AAUACAGCCCAAACCCACACGUCAGUUGACAUGGACGCAAAACAAGCACACUCUGAAUGUGUUUUAUAACCAUAUUUUUAAUCUGGUUAGUUGUCUUCAUGUGAUACGUUGUGGAAUAUUAUAUGUAACUAGUAAAGCGUGUUGGACGGCGCACUGGCUGAAGAUGGGACGGCUUAUGGAAGUUUAAUAGCGCUAGUUUCCCGAGAAGCUCUGCUUUUUUGGCAGGAGUUUUGGCGCGGCUUCGAAAAUGGCUAACGCUACCGCUAACGCUGGGUUCACUUAGCUAAUAGUGACACUAGUCAGUUAAAGUCAGUUAAAGCUAAGUUAGUCAGUAUGGUUAGCUUAGCUUAGCUUAGCUAGUGAUUUCAGCAGCUCUUAUAUUAUAACGGCUAUCGUAUUUGCACAAUAAUACAAGCAUGUUGGGGAAUAAGUAUGUGUUUCAAAUGUCUGGAAUCAAGAACCUCCAGAAGAAACGAGAGCUCCUUCAAGGAAUCAAGUGUCUACAUGGGAGUUAUAUAGGAGGUUCUGAAUACAGAGAGGAGAUGACCCAUCUCAUCGUUAUUCAUGCUUCAGCAAGUGAGAAGUUCAUCUCGGCAUGUGCUGGAGGAAAGUGGAUUGUAACUCCAGAAUUUGUUCUGGACAGUGUGAAGCAGAAUGCAUGGCUAUCAGAAGCCUUAUAUGAGUUAAACCUCACUGCUAACACGAGGACUCCGUCCAUGACCAACCCUCUUCAGAAAUGGAGAGAGAAAGUAGCCAGAGGCGUUGUGUCUGGAGCUUUCCAGGGCUGGACUGUGUGUCUUCAUAUUGAAGAUCCUGAUAGGAGAAGCAUGUUCGAAAGAAUACUAAAAGCAGGCAAGGCUGUGAUUGACCCUGACAACCCAGCUGUUACACUUGUGUUCACCAAAGAUGGAAAGAAGAUUCCUCUGAAUCACCUCUCACACAAACCUCACCACACCUUGAGUUACAUCGCUCAUCAUCUCUUUGGGUCUGCAUACUCUAGCCUGAACUGGUGUAUUAAUCUGGAUAAACCAAACCAGCAAAUAAACAGUAUAAAACUGGAGCCAACAGAGGACUGUUCACCUAAAAUCGAGGACAAAUCUAUGGAUGCGCAGGACAAUUUUCUUCUCUUUGGGCUGGAGGAGAAAUUCAAAGACUACAUUGUGAAAAUGGAGCUGCGGAAGAGGAAGCUGCUAAAAGUCCCCGAGCUUUUCAGCUACUAUACGCCCGUCUUCCCAACUCAGGUCUCCACGGUGGAUUUCAGCAAUGUUCGCAGCCUGGUAGAAUGCGGCCUCUUCUCUCAGGCUCUGGAGGAGGUGGAGAGCUCCCUGCAGCCCGGGGUGUUUCCUCCAGCAUCUAUUCUUCAUGCAUGCAUGCAGCAUGCCCUUCAAGGUGAAGCAGAGCCGUACUUCCUCAGCAUCUUUACCACCACUCUGAACAGCAUACUGCGUAAUAAUCCUUCCUGGGGCUCUCCUGAGAGCGUCAAGUACUUCCUGCAGAUCCUGCAGUGCCCACAGUGUAAAAAUGGAGCCUGGCCACUCCUACAGACAUCAGUGAGGUUUUGCCUGGCAGGUACAGCCACCUGUCAUUCACUGCCUGGCCCCACCUCACCAGAGCUGCUGCACUUCCUUGGUAACCUGCAGGCCUUCUUUCUCAGGGUCUUUCAGCUGGAGCUUCAUGCUGCUGGAUCACGCAGAGGAGGCUCGCGGUCGUCUGUGCUCUACAGCAUGUUCUGGAACGUGUGGGAGAAGUCGACACUGAGCUCCAGGGCUCUGCAGCAGCUGGCUGAACUGCUGGUGGAGGCCGCGCUCUGGGGUCUCCACUCCACUCAGGAGAGGAAGAUGAAGCUACUGGCCACUUUGCAGGAGCUCCUGGCUGUAGUGGUCAAGUACUGGGCUCAGGAGCAUAGUCAGCUCAACAGCCGUCUGGUGGAUAAAGGCUUCCAAGAUUUGGCGGAGUACAUAGCCAUCCUGUGCCAAGAUCUCCAUCCAGACAUUCUGAGGGAGCUGGUUCCUGCUCUUCCCUGUCUUCGCCUUAGGAUGCGGACAGCUGAUGCCAUCUACAGAAACAUCUGCUCCAGGAACGGCCUGCUCAUCCGCCCAGAGCCUCUGACACUGCUGAAAAUAGUUUCGUCCUAUCUGAAAGCUCUGGGCCAGUUGUGUGGGUGCAAACCUGUGCAUACAUCCACUCACAGAACUGAAAGAAGCAUCUCCACCAGCCCAGAUAGUCAGGUGUCAAAUAUAGGAGAGAGAGAGCGAGUGGGCGGCUCAGGCUCGGGGAAGGAGAACAUCCCCAGAGGUUUCCACAGAGUCAAUGCUGCAGGGGAGACACUCCUCCAUCGAGCCUGCAAGAGGAACCAGGUGGAGACGGUCCUGCACAUCCUCAGCCUGCCCGGGACGGAUGCCAACGUUAAAGACCAUGCUGGCUGGACCCCCCUGCAUGAAGCCUGUAACCAUGGCAGCAGUGAGUGUGUGGCGGCCCUGCUGCAGCACUGCCCCGGCCUGCAGCUGGACAGUCAGGUGAAGGGUGUGAGUCCACUGCAUGACGCUCUGCUCAACCAGCAUACUGACAUCGCCAAGAUGCUGCUACGGCAUGCAGGAUCUUCUCUGCUGAGGUUGCGUGAUGAUUAUGGCCGCAGUCCUCUGGACCUGGUGUUCUCCUCAGCUCUCCGCACGGAGCUGCAGCGCUGCGCUCAGGAGGCCGACUCUGCCCUGGAGGUCCAGUGCUCUGAGGUUCGAGAUCUGGAGUUUAUAGAGACCUGCUCCUGCCUGCUCAGCUGCCUCCUCCUGUCCUACCUGCUGGAGCACCACAUCCCCUCGUAUGAACCUCCAGAGCCGCCGCUGGACCUCGCCCCCUCCACAGCCCAGGCGCUGGUCAGCGUAAGCCCGGGGACAGUAGCCUCUCACUGGAGAGACAGAGGGGCAGUGUCCCUGGCUGAAGAUCUGAGGACGGUGAUGAGUAUGGAGCAGUAUGUGCUGCAGGUUAACCCUGCACUAAUGCUCUGCCAGGGGCCACACACCAGUGUGUUUAUGCAGCUGCUGAAGGACCUGCAGAGAGAGGGGAGUGCACUGCUGAGCGGACAGUCUGAACUGUGACAAGCCUUAAUACAGCAGAUCCACACUGAUCAAGAAUGAUUUGUGUAUUAAACACUAUUUUUUGUAAAAUGUAUUUUGCACUUUAUUGGGCAUUAUUGAUGUUUUUUCACUGUUUAUUAUUUCAUUAUAUAUAAAAAAUAUUAAUAAAUAAUGCAGUUGAUUCUUAUGUUCAUUUAAGGUGUGUAUUCUCUAAACAAAAAACACUCUAGAAUCAGGUUUUGCCGUUUGUGGACCAAUUCGAACAGAGAAACCUGAUUGUACACGAAUAUUCUGAUUUAACAGACUGACUGUUGUUAAACCUGAAUUUAACCCAUGUUCAUAUAAACCGGUUCAGGAGACCUUAACUCA